CCGAUCUAAAUCUAUCAAAAUGAAGUUCUUCAUCGCCUCUACUCUCCUCCUUGCCAACGGCAUCGCUGCCAUGCCUUGGUCUUCCCCCAACGCUAAGCAGUCCAAUGGCGAAGAGAUCACUCUUCACAUUCAGGUCUCCCAGCCGGCUUCCAACCACGCCUCCUCCCCCAUGCACCGCGGAGUCGUCAACGUCCACAACUACGAGGUGUGCCUCAAGGUCUGCUGGCCUGAGGAGCCUACAUGCCCUGAAGGCUGGAACUCCAAGAAAUUUGGAGACGGUGACUACCCUUGCUGGACCUGCUGCAAGAAGACUGGUGAUGACGAUCUCUAAUCAUAAGAUUUGUCAUAGCCUUACGGAAAAGGGUUGCAAAUUUCACUUCAAUAGGAGGAUACUUAGGCAGUACAAGUUAAAUGGACAUUCGUUCUACAUCAAACUCA